UGUCAAUUAGCGAUUAGCGAAUCAGCUGUUUUUAUUUGUAAGGUUAAGUAGUUUGUUGUCUUUUGUGCUCUACAUACUUAAUUAUGUUCCAUUUGAAUUCUCCUACAACGAAUGACUUCGUUAUGUACAGUUAACUUCUUUAUUUGUAAUAAUUAAAACUCAAGUGGCAACCAUUUACUGUAAAUCGAAACUACGUUUUGAGGUUAUGACUUGUGUUACUUCCUACUAUUUUUAAACUACAAUGGGCGAUCAGCAAAAUUUUGACGUUGCUGAAAAUUUCAAUAAACUUGAAGUAAAAGACAUAUCCCACCCUUUGAAAGUCAACAAUAUUCAAAUAACGCAAUGUGAAACUGCCGAAGAAGCAAUAACAACAGAUUCAGAGGACUAUCUAUCAGAGCCUUUAAGGUAUCGCAGCUUUCAGUAUUCCACUUCUUCCAAUGAAACAAACUCCACUUUGGUCCAGGAACAUACCAUUCCAGAAGAAAACGCCAAUUUUUUAUCCUGUAAUGGUGAUAUUAAUUUUGACAAUAUUGAAAUACCCAUCGUGGGUUAUGAGAUAAUGGAGGAGAGGGCGAGAUUUACAGUGUACAAACUAAGAAUUGAAAAUAAGGUGACAGGAGAUUGUUGGUACGUUUUUCGGCGAUAUACCGACUUUGUCAGAUUGUGUAAUAGAAUAAGGAAUUCACAUCCACAAGUUGUACAGUUGUUACCGCGAAAGCGGUGGUUGAAAAACAAUUUUGAUCCUAUAUUUCUUGAAGAAAGAGUCAGUGGUUUACAAACGUUGGUUAAUGCCAUAGUUGCUGAGUCAACGUUGAUGGCGACGCAAGAAAUUCAGGAUUUUUUCUGUUUGAAUGAACCGCCAAUUUAUUCAGAAACAAAUGAAGAAUCUAGGGCAAUGUUUGAAGCCUUGGAAGAAACUAUCAAUGAAUUAAAAGUGCAGCUAAGAGAAAAAGACGCGAUUAUAGAUUCUUUACAAGAUUCUUUACACACAAAAACUUUAGAAAGUGAAAAUUUAUUAAAAAUUAUAAAGAGGUCAACCAUGAACUGCCAGAAGUGUCAAAAGGAGUGUGAAAAUUUUACUAAAGUUAUUAAAUGACAAAAAUGUUUAUCAUCCUCUCUUACUUUAUUUUUAGUCAGAUGACACAAUGCUACACUAAUUCCUUAACACAGUAUGAUAUUUACAUUAACUUAUUUUAAAAAUUAUGAUUAGCUGUAUAAAGAUCAGCUUGUCUAGUAUUUCUAGUAAAUAAGUUAGCAUUCAUUAGCUUUAAUUAAAAUUUUCAAAUUAAGUUUUCAUUCUGAUAUGAAUGAAUCCGAAAUAAAUUUGCACUUCUUUAUAAAUAACAGUAUUUGUAACGAAAUUUUUCGGUGAAGCGUGUAACACAACACUCUUAAAUGCUGGGAAAGAUAUUCCUGGAUGUUGUAUUUUUGUAACCAGACACUUGUACAUAAUUUUUAUAAAAAUACAUUUUUAUUGUCGGUUUUA